AUGUGGGUCAUGAGGACAGCAGGCUGCAGAGAGGCUCGGGGUGGGGGAGCGGGGAGCGGACGGAGCAUCUUGGCUGCAGUGUUUUUGUCUGUGUCAGAGAGCGCCCCUGGGCCGAGGCGGCUGCACGGAUCUACGGGACAGGUUGUGGCACUAAAGGAAGGGGCGGCUGAGAACUGGGGAGCAGUGGUCCUGUCCCUGUGGCUACAGCAGCUGGUGAGAGUUUGUGGGCGACUCAGGGAUCGGUGGCCACAGACUCAGGAUGGCGGAGGUAAUGCGUAUGGAUCACACUUUUCCAGGGAAACUCAACCCGCCUGUUCCCCCUUCCCUUCACGGCAAGGAACAGGAGGCACCCUACUCAGAAAUACGAUUAAGAAGGUGUCCAUCCAGCGGCGGCCACGGUACGGCUCUUUGCCUCGUGGUUAUGGCUACACAGGCUCAUGGUGGACCUCCACUGAGUCUCUGUGCUCCAACACCAGUAUGGACAGUCGGCACUCCUCCUUCUCCUACUGUGCCCCAGGUUACCACACCACCCAGAGGAGCGGCUUCAACACCGCCCGUGUGGAGAAGACCCUCAUGGAUGCUCGUAAGAGGCUGGAGGAGGAGAAAGAGAGCCGCAGGUUCUCCAACCUGGGCAGCAUGAACAGCAGCGUGGUCGGCUCCAACAGCUCCAUCAGCAGCGCACACAGUUUUAACAGAGCACACGGGGCUGGGGGGUCCUUUACCCCUAUGAGCUCAGGUCUGUCCACCCCUGUGACCCCCACCCCAGCCCAUCUGCAGCAUGUGAGGGAGCAGAUGGCUGCAGCCCUCCGGAAGAUCAGGGAACUGGAGGAGCAGGUCAAGACCAUCCCAGUGCUGCAGGUCAAGAUCUCUGUGCUGCAGGAGGAGAAACGGCAGCUCAGCGUUCAGCUUAAGAGUCAGAAGUUCUUGGGUCACACGCUGAGCUUUGGCCGAGGCCGUCCCAGAGGAGAGCUCUACAUUGACAUCCCAGAGGAAGAUGUUAGUGCAGGGACGAAAAGCAGCAGUCAGGCGGCCACGCAGCUGUCUCCCACCUCUCCAGAAGCCUCCAAACAGGACUCCGGCUGCGAGAUCGAGGACACAGUCAUUGUUGGUGGAGCACGGCCAAAUGCGAAAAGGGAACUGCGUACUAUCGGAGUGGGACCAGAGGGCGAGGGGGGGAGAAGGCAGGUCGGGGUUGGGGUUCGUGAGGAGGAUCUGGGGCUUGUUCCAGAGACUCAGGCCUUAAAGUCUCAGGUGGGACAGCUGGAGGGACAGUUGAAGAGGACAUUACAAGAGCUGCAGGCUGCACAUACACUUGCAGAGCAGGCUCAGAGACUUCCUCUUGCAGAGCAUCCUGUCAUUGCCACCAGCACUGGCUGGCAGCAGCCACUCAAGGGCAGUCUUCACACUUUGGUGAGCUUCACACAGCAUCCUCAGCAGAAAGAACAGAGGACUGUGGGAAUCCAAGUCUACACCAUGGAGCAGCCCACUGUGGUGGAGGUAGCCACACUGCUCCGAGCAAAAUCCUGCACCUCUCCAUCUGUUUCACCAGAGUCAGAGGUCCAGCACCGGCAAGCUGAAGGUCCUGUUGAGUUGCCGCUCGCUGUCAGCUCAGUCCAGGUACGAGACGUGUUGAAGAGCGAGCUGUCCACAUCAGUGCCUGUGGCCGUUCCGAUCAUCGCUGUGGGGGCAUCAGUGAAUCAGAGCAGCACGACAAACAUAAGAGAACGUGAGGUCCAAGCAAUUUCAACGGCAGAAGUCCAGCCAGCUGAGAACAUCUCAAAGACAGAUUUGUCCCCUAAUUCCUCUCUAAGGUCUAUUAUGAAAAGGAAAGCAGAGGGAAAACCAGGUUCUCCUUUCAAGAAAAACCUACAGUUCAUAGGAGUAAAUGGAGGCUACGAAUCUACGUCAUCCGAAGACAGCAGUAGUGAGAGCUCGGAUGAGGAGAGCGACUCCAGUGAAUACCACGAAGCAAGAGAAAAACUGCCAGAGUCAACAAACUCACACCAGCAGAUAAAGCACACAGUACCUCAACAACCAGCCACAGAUCUACCAGCUGUUUGUCCAGAGCAACCAGCACUCAGUCAGUCUCCGAACGUGGACACUAAACCGCCAGAAGAAGUCGUCCAUUCACCAGCACCAGAGACUUUAGAAGAAACAAGCGAACCACUGCCACCUCCGCCACCUCCCUGCACGCUCAUUUGUGACUCUGAAGAAGUCGUCAGCCAAUCAGAGCAAGAGCUAGCCACGCAAGCAAUAGCCACUGGAUCAUCAGAAACCACUACAUCGGAACAAGAAUCUAUGAACACUUCACAACCUGAACAGCCAUGUGUCGCUGAAGCCACGCCGACGACGCCUUUAAAUGUCCACUCGGAAAGAGCCGUCCAGUCAGACCAAGCCAAAAGCCAUUCUAGUCCAUCCAAGUCAGAAGCAGAUGGGGAUACAAGAAAGACCAAUACACCACCAGCGAAACCCCCCAGACUGGAGUUGAGCGACAGCCUCAUGCCAGCCUUGAAUACCCUGCAGAAAGCCUUAGGGGAACCAAAUGCUUUCAACCAACCAGAAACCCGAGCAGCAUACACCGCCGUGCUGCAGGAGUGGCUGCGUGUGUCCUGUCACAAAGCCGCAGAGCCUCUCGUGGUCAAAGGCUACGUGGACAUUUUCGCCUCAGUGUCCCCUCAGCUGCUGGAGUUUGUCAUCAACAUGGCCGACGGCAACGGAAACACUGCCCUCCACUACACCGUCUCCCACUCCAACUUCCCCAUCGUGAAACUGCUGCUGGACACAGGUCUGUGUAACGCUGACAAGCAGAACAAGGCGGGCUACACGGCCAUCAUGCUCACAGCUCUGGCUGCUUUUCACUCCGACAGUGACCUUCAGACUGUGCUGCAGCUGCUACGCACUGGGGACGUCAACGCAAAGGCCAGCCAGGCUGGUCAGACGGCGCUCAUGCUUGCGGUCAGUCACGGUCGCGGGGAUAUGGUGAGGGCACUACUCUCGUGUGGGGCUCAGGUAAAUAUUCGAGAUGACGAUGGCUCCACGGCACUGAUGUGCGCCUGUGAACACGGCCACGUGGAUAUUGUCCGCCAGCUUCUGUCUGUGCCGGGCUGCGACGCCACUCUCACCGAUAACGAUGGCAGCACUGCUCUGUCCAUCGCCUUAGAGGCCAGUCAGAACGACAUUGCUGUUCUUCUGUACGCUCACCUCAACUUUGCAAAGCCUCCGUCUCCUGUUUCUCCCAAGUCUCCUCUUCUGGGCUCAUCGCCUCCUUCAAGUGACUUAAAGUAA